AUGGCAUUUGGUCUGUGCAAUGCACCGGCUACUUUUCAAAGACUAAUGAAUUAUGUACUGAAAGACGUUUUAGGAAAAAAAGCAUUAGUUUACUUGGACGAUGUCAUCAUCUUUUCGGACUCUUUUGAAGAUCACUUACGUGAUAUUCGUAAAAUUUUUGACUUAUUAAAGGCUGCUAAUUUAAAAUUAAAACUUAAGAAAUGCCAAUUUAUAAAACAAUCGGUAAACUAUCUCGGUCAUGUUAUUUUAACAGAUGGUAUUAAACCCGACCCUGGAAAAAUUGAUAGGAUAGUGAACUAUAAAACACCUACAUCGGUUGACGAAAUAAGGUCAUUUCUUGGACUUGCUGGAUAUUACAGAAGAUUUAUUAAAGAUUUUGGAUCAAUUGCUAAACCACUGACUAGAUUAACACAUAAAGAUCUUAGUAGAAAACCUUUUGCUUGUGGAACUGAGGAACAACUUGCUUUGGAUGACCAUAGACCUUUGCAAUGGUUAAAGAACCAAAAAGAUAACAAUGGAAGAUUAGGAAGAUGGGCUAUACUUUUAGCAGCGACCAAUUAUGAAUUAAAAUAUAGACCAGGUCGUAUUCAUCAAAAUGCUGACUGUUUGUCACGCUUAAAAAUUGCUAGUAUUCAGCCAGCGUCAACCAAUAUCAAAUUCAUUUGCGAAAAGCAAAUGGAAGACGAUCUUUGUGUUGCAAUUAAAAAUUAUUUAGAAACAGGCGAACUCGAUGAAAAAUUUUGCCACUCUAAGCCCGAUUGGGUGAAAGAAAUUGAAUACUUUGAAAUUCUAGAAGGUACACUUUAUCGCCAUGAAUUGCCUUCUACAAAUAGCAAGCGGAACGAAUUAAAUCACCAAUUAGUUUUGCCUUUGUCACUCCGUCAUCUUGUGCUAAAAGAAUUACAUGAUGCACCGAUGGGAGGACAUUUAGCUUUUUAUAAAACUUACUUGAAAGUGAAAAAUCAUUACUACUGGCCGACUAUGAGGGCUGAUAUUAAAGAAUAUUGCCAGGCUUGUGAAAUCUGCAUGGCCAACACUUCUUCAACUUAUAGAGCACUUUUGCACCCACACGAAAUUGCGAAAGCUCCGUUUCAAGAAAUAGGAAUGGACUUUUUAGGUCCUAUCACUCCGAUUUCCCCAAAUGGUAACAGUUAUAUAUUAGUAAUAACGGAUUAUUUUAGUCGCUGGGUGGAAGCAGUUGCGUUGAAAGAUCAAACUGCUCACACGACCGCGGAAUGUGUUUACAAAACAAUUAUUGUGAGGCAUGGAAUGCCUAAAGCUAUUGUUUCUGAUCGAGGAACCAAUUUCACUUCGAAAUUAUUCCGAUACUUUUGUAAAAAUAAAAAUUAA